GGGGGCUCGUGCGCCCCCUCCGCCCCCAGCUGCGCUGCUGGCAUCCCGGGGGCUGCGGGGCGGCAGAUGGUUGGGCCGGACGAUGCCGGAGCUCAAGGCGGCGCAGCCUUGUUUCCCGCGGGCCGGCAGGAGGAGGAGGCGGAGGAGGACGGGGAGUGGGAUGGGAGCCGGAGCCUGAGCGGCGGCUCAGGGCAGGAGGAGCUGCUACUGCAGCGGUACCUGGCCGGGAAGGUCGGCCCUGCCGCGCCUGCGGGGCUAGGCUGCAAGUGCUGCCCGGAGAGACCCCCCAACGGGGCCGCCUGUGUCCUGGGCCCCCACGGGAGAAUGACCAACGGAGACGCCGGCUUCCUGCUGCCGCUGGAGGAGCCGCCUGCUUGGGCCGUGCGGACCGAGCCGGGGCCUGAGGAGAAGGAAGCGAGACUGCCCAAUGGGGGCUUCCCUCACUUCCUCCCCGAUCCGGAGCCGGGGGGCGGCGCGAGCCGGGCAAGCCCGCCGGCGGGGGCCGCCCUGGAAGAGCCGCUGAGAAGUUGUUGCUUGGGGCCCGAGCCGGAGGGGGGCGCGGCGGUUGGUAGCGGAGCUGGGACUGAAAGCCUGUCAGAAGCCGCAGCCGGCGUCCGGACUCUCCGGGACUGCAGCGAUGGGGCUACUGCGGCGGGAGCCCUUUGCACGGCGCCUCUGGGCUUCACAGACAUUAACCUGAAUUCCCGCAACACCUACGAAGUGAGCCGGCGGCGAAGCGCCCCGGAGCACCUGCCCCAUGAGGGGACACCGGCCACCGCCCCGGCCCCUUCCCAGGAGCCGACGGACAAAACCGAGAGAAUUGCUAUCCCUGGCAGCAGCAGCGGCAUCGCCGACUUCAUUACAAGAAACUUUUUCACCAAAAGGACAAAGGAACUCAAACCUGGUCUCCACAGUGCUCCUGGCUGGAAGUUAUUUGGAAAAAUCCCUCCCAGAGAAAACUUUCAGAAAGAUUCCAAAAUAAUUCAGCAGGAUGACAGUUCUGGCAGAGUUACAUCAGUAUCUACUCUCAAUCUGUUAAACACAGGGGAAUAUGAAGCACGAACAGGAAGAACAUGUAAACCUCCACCCCAGGCAACAAGACGUAAAAAUUUUGAAUUUGAACCACUUUCAACUACUGCUCUUAUUUUGGAGGAUCGACCGUCAAAUCUUCCUGCCAAAUCCAUAGAGGAGGCUUUACGUCACAGACAAGAAUAUGAUGAAAUGGUGGCAGAGGCAAAAAAACGAGAAAUUAAAGAAGCACAUAAAAGGAAAAGAAUAAUGAAAGAACGAUUCAAGCAAGAGGAGAACAUUGCUAGUGCUAUGGUGAUUUGGAUCAAUGAAAUAUUACCUAACUGGGAAGGCAUGCGUACUACCAGAAGAGUUCGAGAAUUGUGGUGGCAGGGGUUACCCCCAAGUGUUCGUGGGAAGGUCUGGAGUCUAGCUAUAGGAAAUGAAUUAAAUAUUACUCAUGAACUCUAUGAAAUCUUCUUAUCCAGAGCCAAGGAACGAUGGAAAAGCUUCAGUGAGACAAAUUCAGAGAAUGAUCUAGAAGAUGGGAUAAGCUGAGGAAUGGAAAACCUAGUAGCCCUUCUCUGUACCUGUUUCAGUUUGAAUUCACUUUUUUUUCUCUCUCUCUCCAAGGGAGGUCCAUAUCAUGAUCUCUUGCAUAGUGUCUUAGGAGCAUAUACGUGUUACAGACCUGAUGUGGGAUAUGUACAAGGGAUGUCCUUCAUUGCCGCAGUACUCAUUCUCAAUCUGGAAGAGGCAGAUGCUUUCAUUGCCUUUGCAAACCUCCUAAACAAGCCAUGCCAGCUGGCCUUUUUUCGUGUGGAUCACAGCAUGAUGCUGAAAUAUUUUGCAGCGUUUGAAGUAUUCUUUGAAGAAAAUCUCCCAAAACUAUUUCUUCAUUUCAAAUCAUAUAGUCUUACUCCAGACAUAUACUUGAUAGACUGGAUCUUCACACUCUACAGCAAGUCACUACCACUUGAUCUGGCCUGUCGAGUCUGGGAUGUCUUUUGUAGAGACGGAGAAGAGUUUUUGUUUAGAACAGGAUUAGGAAUCCUUCGAUUAUAUGAAGAUAUCCUCCUACAGAUGGACUUCAUUCAUAUAGCACAGUUUCUAACAAAACUGCCUGAAGACAUCACAUCAGAAAAGCUUUUUAGUUGCAUUGCAGCUAUUCAGAUGCAAAAUAGUAACAAAAAAUGGGCCCAGGUGUUUGCCUCACUAAUGAAGGACAACAAAGAAGCUGACAAGAACCAUAGCCCAGCACUGAAAAGCUAAUCUCCAUAAUGUAAAGGUCUAUUGACAUUGUAGAAAACCACUUGAUUAAAAAGGAAUUAUUACAUCAUUUUUACAUGAAAACCACUAUAGAGAAAAGCUUAAGAAAUAUGAAGAGAGACAGUAUUUGACUGAAUAUAGUGGCAGAAAUUGAUGAAAUCUUCAGUCUGUUGCCAGUAUUAAGUAGCUUUUUGUGGGAAGAAUUGUUUUCACAGAGAGCAAAAUACUAAAACUUGUGAAACUGAGAAGUGGGUAAUAAAUAUUUAAUAUUUAAAAAGAAUCUGCUGAAUGCAAUAAACAUUUGUAAUAAAUUUUGUUGGUACUUACAAAAAUUUAGGCAUACAUUUUUUUACAAAUACCACAAAGGCACUUUUUUGGGAGAGUAAUGAAAACGUUAAAUAUUAAAUGAGGCCCAAGAACUGCUAUCUGAACCAAACACUCUGGUACAAAUAUUACCUCCACAAUUAACCAGUAAGAAAUAUUGUGGACCAAAUGAGUUUGUUUAGGUUAGUUUGUACCAGAUAAUAUAAAGCGUUGGGGUAUGUCUUAUUUAGCUCACUUAAAUUGUAGCUUCAUUCUUCAGCUUAGGCAAAUUUAACUCAGGAGCCAUGGAAAUAUUGUGCCCAGUCCUGCUACAGAUGAAAUUGGCAGCAAAAGACCAGUUGACUUAAAUGGUGGUAAGAUCAGGCCCAUUAUUUGUAGUGUAUUAUAAAAGUGUUUGUACACUGCAAAUUAAAGUAUAAUGGUAGCAUGGGUAGGUAUACUGCUGCUACAGUUCUUAAUCUAGUUAGCAUGGGUAACAGAUGGCUUCAGUCAUUUGUUUUUUGAAGUGUUGGGUGUGCAGCUUACUUCAUGGAAUAUCCACUUAAUUUUCCUUUUAACAGUUAUUUGCCACCAACAGUUUUUUUUAUCUUGCUUAACCAUUACUAAUAAAAGAAAUGGUUCACUCUUAUGCUUGAAGGUAAACACUAAAAACAAUCUUCUGACAAGUUUCUGUAUGUUUUCAGGAGCAUUGAUACUAUAAAUUUCAGUCCACACACAAAUGCUGAAAAAAAAUGCAGACGGAAUAGUUUUUGAAACUUUUUUAUGGUGUGCAAUACUAAAAAAUCCAAAAAGCAUAUUGUUUGGCAGUACUUUUAAUUGUAUGAGAAAUAAGAUCAUAUGGUAAAUGUCACACAAGCAGAAAUUUCCUAGUUUCUAAAAUAUGUAAAACACAACAUUCGAUCUUAG